GGGUCGCGCGCCGAAAGCGCAGGCCAUCACUCCGUAGGUCCCCGACGUAUCUCCUGGCAUUGUCUUUCUUACGAGCCCGCCACUGUUAUUAGUAUUGAGCGUACGGCCUUCAGGAUGUAAUUUGCAUUGUAUCGAGUAGCACACGCUCCUUCUUUUGAUGCCAUGUCUGCCUCCCCCUACAUCAGGCAGGCGGGAAACUGGCAAGAGCGCCUUGAAGAUGCCUGCCAAAGAGCCAACAUCAUGCCACCUGUGUUCCAAAUCGUCUCCGAUCGGCGAGGAAGACGCACGGCUUGGUCUAGCCGGGUGACCGUCCACGGUCGCACGCUCUCGGCUCGGUUUUGGUACGACGGAAAAAACUUAAACAAUGCAAAGGAGGACGCCGCAGAAAUGGCUCUGAACUACCUCACAGGUUCCGAUCCUGGCAAGUCGACUACGACUCAGUCGUCGUGACACAAACUCGAGAGGACACUGCACUCGAAGCAUUGCACUCGAAGAAUCAUCAGCGCAAGAUCGGAGCCGGAUCGAGAUAGCACACCUAUGAAAUGAGACCGUUCAAGGUUUAUACUACUCUUUAAGGUGACUAGGCAAUCCAAUUGCUUUCCUACCUUCAGUUCCAUCCAACU